AAUGUCAAUGCACUAACCACUAGGCUAUUGGUGCCAAAUCUAUGGAAAUAAAAAUGUACACUAAAACUUUACUGUAGAAACCAGGCACUUCUCACUAUACUUACUCACCCUUUAUAAAGCUUUUCUGGCUCUGACACUUGCUUGGUAUUUUUUCCAACUCUCUGUCUUGCAAAACAUAACACUUAACAAAAUUAUGCUUUAGGUUGGGCCUGCUUAUUUCAGGGGCGUUAGAAGUCCAUUGCUUUUUAUAGGUACAGUUUGCACAUUUAAAGCAAUGAUUUGUUUCACCUAUCUUACACCACUGCUAUCUUUACAGUCUUUCACAGUGUUCAGUUUGUGUAUUUAUUAUUUUUUCUUCUGUUUUUAUUAGUCCACUAUUAUUACUUCAUUGAUGCUGCACGAUUUCAGAAGCAUAUCAAGACCUCAUGGUGCCCCAGGGCAACAAGCAUGCGAGUGCCCCCAAUUUUUUUUCUAGGGUUAACUUAAAGUUACUUAACUGCUGACGCCCUAGUGACCAUACCUGAUGCCACUGAAAAGGGAGAUUCAAGAAUAUCUGAUUGAGAAUCAUAACGACUUCAUACCUACAGAAAAUGAUUUCAGUUGCUCGCAGACUGAGAUGAGCACACAAAAGGCUGGUCAAAAAACAAAGACUGUACACCCCCUCACAUGCCAACAGUGUGGAAGAGGUUUCACUAAAAAAGGACACCUUAAAAACCACAUGAGGACUCACAACGGAGAGAGCUCUUUCACCUGCCAACAGUGUGGAAAAGGUUUCACUCAAAAGUCAAACCUUAGAAACCACAUCAAAAUUCAUAUUGCAAAAAACGCUUUGACCUGCCAACAGUGUGGCAAGUCUUUCAGUCAUAAAGAGUACCUUAAAAGACACAUGAGAGUUCACACGGUAGAGAAUUCUCACGUCUGCUCUCAAUGCGGAAAGAGUUUUUCAGACGAAUCUAAAUGUAUUGCCCACAUGAGAAGUCACACUGGAGAAAAGCCAUUUGUGUGUGAUCAGUGUGGGAAGAGCUACACAAGUCAAAUGAACCUUAAACACCACAUGAAUGUCCAUGCAAAUGAGAACAGUUUUAUGUGCCAUCACUGUGGAGUGCGUUUCAGAAGAAGCGCUCAACUUAAGAAUCAUGUAAAAACCCACAUCGAACUGGUGCCUUUAAUGUGUCGUCAAUGUGGAAAAACUUUCUCAACAAAAGAAAACCUUGAACUUCACAAGAGAAAUCACUCCAAGGAAAGACCUUACACCUGUCAACAGUGUGGGAAGUGUUUCAUCCGAAAUGGAAGUCUUAAGGAACACAUGAUAAUUCACACUGGAGAGAAGCCUCACACCUGCCAACAGUGCGGAAAAAGCUUCUUUCGGAAAGCAUACCUUGAUAUCCACAUAAGGGUUCACACCGGAGAGAAACCCUACACCUGCCAAGAUUGUGGAAAGAGUUUCAUCCGAAAAGGACACCUUAAUACCCACAUGAAAGUUCACAGUGGUGAGAAGCCUUACAGUUGUGAACUUUGUGGGAAAACCUCCUAUCGGAAAGAAGACAUUAAAAGGCACAUGAGAGUUCACACUGGAGAGAAGCCUUACCGGUGCUCUAAGUGUGGAAAGGGUUUCACGUGUACAAGAAGCUUAAAGAGGCACACAAAAAUCCACCUACUGUAGAAAACAUGCAGUCGUUUAACUAAUAAUCAUGGAUACCCACAGCAGAGAGAGAACCAUUUCAUGUGGUGCAAAGGAAAAGUGUCCCUUAAACAAAGGCUUGAAGCCUACAUAAAAAGUCUUGCAGGAGUGAAACCUUACACUUGUCUUCAGUGUGUGAAGAAUCUCACACAUCAAUUGAACCUGACAACCAUUCAUUCAUUUUCCUUCGGCUUAGUCCCUUAUUUAUCAGGGGUCACCACAGCAGAAUGAGCCGCCAACUUUUCCAGCAUAUGUUUUACGCAGCGAAUGGCCUUCCAGCUGCAACCAAGCCUCUUCAUCUGUGUGUAUCACUCCUCCUGCAGUACCAAACAGAGGAUUAAACUCACUAUAGUUUGAUAAAUACUGCAGCUGUUAGACCACAAUGUAUAUUUGAUACUUUUUAGGCGAUAAUGUAGUUGUUUAGAUUGUAAAUAUGCGGUUUAUUUACAAGUACAGUGUCUGUUUGAAAAUGUGUUCAGAAGAUGUUGGAGGUGGGACUUCUAGCAUGCCGGUGUCCUACCUUGUCGAAUUGUCCUACCUCCCAUUGAAAAAGUAGGUAGCACAUUUUGAUGAUGCAAUGUGCUAACCAUCAGAUUUUGCUACCAAUUUUAAUGUGGAGUAGUGUGAUAUGAAGUUAUAAUAUCACCCCAACCUACCUAACCCCAAACUCAGAACCAUUCAAAUACAGUGUUGGGGAUAUAAUCUGAGGGGUAGGAUAAAAUGUCAGGACAUUGCAGGCACUUAUUGAGGACCGGGUGUCUGUAUAGUAGUCUGUUGUGAAGUGUAAUUUGUUUAGGCUAUAUCUAAAGGCAAUGUUUGGUCACUUGUUUUUUAGUCUCGAGAAAAUAGAUUUCAGUGCAAUGUUAAGUUUUACAGCUUAACCUGUAUUAUGUGGAAUGAAAACUUGGUCGUUGUUGUGUAGACUGGUUUACUUAGCAUCUUUAAAUUAUUGUGUUAGUGUUACUGUUCAAUUAGUGACAUUUGAUAUAAACUGCAGUAAUAUUUAAUAAUAAAAAUGCUUUGUAUUACAA